AUGCCAACUGGACAGUGUAUUUGUGGCCAACUCAAGUAUGAAUACUCAGGUGACCCCGUUAUGAAGGCCAUCUGCCACUGCUUGACAUGCCGCCAUGUCAGCGGGAGUGCAUUCACCACCAACAUCUUGGUUCCAGAGGACAAAUUCAAGAUCACUUCUGGCACGCCCAAAACAUAUGCGGCCACCCAGGACAGUGGCAUGACGCUGACUUAUUCUUUCUGCGGCAAUUGUGGUUGCAACAUAUCCAAACUUGGGGACGCCGAAGCGUUUCGCGGGGUUGUUAUCAUUCAAGCUGGAUCACUCGAUGACAUCGCAGGGAUUGAAGAGGCCGAGCCUGGAGCAGAGCUCUACGUCUCCAGGCGGGUUUCGUGGCUGCCAGCUCUGGCUGGAAAGGGACAGGUACAAGAGUUUCCUGCGUAA